CUGAGGUAUCAGUCACUGUGCCCUGUAGCUCAGUUGCUACUCUCCACCUAGAGCACUUGGAGUUGGAUCCUACAGACAACCCCUGCACAGGAGUGGAACCUGAUGUGGUCUUCUGCUGUGGUAGCCCAUCCACCUCAAGCUUCAGUGUGCAUUUCCGCUAACCACAGUUGUAAAGAUUGAUUAUUUGAGUUAGCCUUCCUGUCAGUCAUGGCCAUCCUGCUCUAUCCUCUCUCAUCAACAAGGCACCAUUAAAUUGGAAGGCUGAUGGAAGUAAGCUAUGAUGGGCAGCCUCUCCUGCUCUCCCAAUACCCUCCCCCCCUUUUGCCCAAGCCAAGGAAAAACAAUGCCCGCCUGCAGAAACUGUUAAAGAAAAAUGUAAAGAAGACAGCAGGCUCCUUUACUCAGACACCCAUCUCAUUUCGCUCAAGCCUGUCACCUGUGAGUGAGGCCAGUACUGAUGAGGAGCACAGUGAUUUCACUACUUCCACUACAACUACAGAGAUACCAUUGCACAUUCAGACCCUUAACUCAACUACUGCUCAAGAAACAAUGCCCGCCUGCAGGGCUCUUGACUCACACAAUUCUUCUGUCAGUUCCUUAUACCAACACUGCAGCUCCCCAUACCUCAAUUCCUCUUGUAGUCCUCACAACAGCUCAACACCCAUUCUGUCCUUGCAUACAUACUUGUAUCCUGAUCCACCCUUUGAGCACCAAAUAGCCCCACUUUAUACAUGUUCCUCUUUUCUGUUUGAUGAUGCCACUGAGCUGGCCACAGACUCAGAUUAUGAUCCACUGUCUGAGAUAGACCUAAGCCUAACAUUACCUAGUGUUUUACAGACCUCUAACAAUACACAAGUAAUAGAACAAGAAUUCCCUGUACCAUAUACUUUUGUUCAGACAUUAAGCCCUUCUGGACCUACCUAUAUGGACUCAGAAAAAUCAACCUUGGCUCCUGUUCUGCCUCCUGUUGCAUAUUUGGACCCUGUUCUUCCCUUGGUCCAGGAAACAUCAAGCCAGUGCUCUAGACAUCUAACCUCAGGUAAAGGAUGUGCAACAAUUUCACAUAACAAUUCUAGAGAUAAAACACUCACUGAUGUAACCGGGAAUAAAACAACUGAUGACUUCAAUGCUACUACUCUUUUAUCUACUUCGCUCCUUGGCUUUUCCUCAUCCAGGGAAGUGUCCAACUCUGUUGCAAACACUCAGGGAAGAAAACCUAAUAAGAAUCACAAACCGGCAUCCCCUAUGUUCAUUAACAUAAAAAGUUCACUUCAGACAACAAUUAAUGAUAACAAUCCAGAAGCAAGUUUAGAGGUUAAAAGGAUGCAUUCUACACCACACGGAUUUCUUUGUUUGGAUGCUGAAGUAAAUCAUUCUAUUUUAAAAGCACAUUCUAAGGAAUACUUAAUUAAAAAGCUGUCAACUCUUUCAACUGCAGCUUGUGCAACAAGUUCAUGUGGGGUGCCUGACUCUACACCUGUGCAGGGGUAUCAAAUGCCCAACACUGAGACUUUAACCACUGCUCCCUAUACCUACAGUGCCCCAAGCACUCCUGUCUAUUGUUUACACCAACCUUUAGCAAGCUAUUUUGGUGAACAAAGGCCUAAUGUUGUGCAAAUUCAGUCUAACAUACAUAAAAUUAAUUCAACAGACUAUGGAUUAACACCAGCAGGAUGUAUUACUUAUGCUGGAAUCCAAAGCAACACAUUUAACUCUACUUUGCAAUCUCUCUGUAAAACGCCUGAUGAUCCUAAACAUUCUCCCUCAAAAUCACCAGCUGGAAUAUCACAUGAUACAUCUUUCCUACAAACUAUUUCCAGUGAUCUCAAGUCUGGCAUCUUAGAAACUCUUAUGCCACAAACUUCAAGACUACAAAUGCCAAUGUCAGAUUCAGCUGAACUGACACUGGAUAUAUUUUCUACAAAUAUUCCAAGCAAUCAGGCAAAGACACAAAUUCCUGACUUAUUAAAGACACAAACUCUCAAAACCCCUAACACAGAUAAGCGAGAGGCUAAAUCUGCAAUAGCUGUUAGUCAGUCAUCAGCAUGCCAUGGAAAACAAGCUGCAACCCUUAGAAACUCCUUCAAUUUUGCAAGUACAGACACUUCUUCUGCUUUGACAUAUGGUGAAAUAAAGCCAACAUUUCCAAAGGCACAAACACAUAUUCCAAAACCAAAUAUAGCUGGAUUAUCAACAAAAAAAAUAUCUAUGCAAAAUAUUCCACUUCAAACAGCAGCAAUAGACAAUGUAUCGAAAUCUACAUAUCCAAGAGAAAAUUUUUACCCUGUGCUAGCAAGAUUUACACAAGAUUCUUCGCAGUCCAAACAAGAGUCUGUGCCUUCAGAGACAAAACAUACAAACAUGCAUAUUUCCAGUACAGGCUAUCUGACUGAAAACCUUUCCAGAAUCAUAUCACUGGACGAUAUGACAUCAGUAAAAACCCAAGGUAAAGUCAUUACAAGGCCUACCAGUAUUAAAGUAUCUCUGGUCCCAGUCAAACACAAACUCACUGUUACCAGUUUUCAAGACCCUAUUAAAGUUGACAUUGAGGUCAAAGGAAAAAAUUAUAGUAAAUCUAAUAUAAAAUCAGCUGAAGCUGGUACUGCAGUCAAGAAUGUUGUCCAACCCCUGAAUGACAAAAACUUCAUUUUAAAUCCCUUAACAGAGUCACCACAUGCAGGUUUUAUAAAGUCAAGUAGUACAGAAAAUAUCAUUGCAAGCCUGCUGCUAAACAAACCAGACUUUUUCACACCCUCUACAGCUACUGACAUAGAAAUUACUGAUAAAUCAAAUUGUACCACAGAAUCAGAAGCACAAACGAAUGAUAAUGAAUUCAGGUUUAGUACCAGUGAUAAAGGCUCUUACAUUGUAACUGAUUUCUCUAAGCCUCAAGAGUCAGACUUCAGAAGCGAUCCCACCACUAAUGCUCAGAUUACAACCUCUCACACUGGAGAACUCAUUGUGAGUAGGAGUGAUUUGUCUGAUACUCAGGAUAAUGUUAGAGAAGAGAUUGAAUUUAGACGGUCAGAAGAUAUUAUGAAAAAGGGCACAAAUAAAACAGAGGUAAUACUUAAAAUGGCAAGCACAAGAGAGAUGCCUUGGGGUCUAAAGAAAAAGAUCAGCCGUUGGUCCCGACUGAAGAAACACAUGAUAGUGGAUCCUGAACCACCAAUGUUUCCAGAGCCAGAAAGAGAGAAUGACAAACAUUCCCACACAGGAGACAGUAACACAACUUGUAAUGAAAAGUAUGUUGAUGCUGAAGAGGAAUCUGGCAAAGGAAAAAGGAAGGGACCCCCAGAGCCCUCAAAAUGUGGGAUGCUGCACUCUUCCAGAUGUUCUCCACUAAGGAGAAAAUCAUGAAACAGAACAAAGUCAAGGAAUUUAAAACAGAAAAAAGUAAGAUAUCAAAGAACAAGUCGCUGGAAAACCCAACAUUUGUUCAUCACCUGCCAAUCCUCCUUUAUAGCCCAUGCUUUGAUGCCCGGAAGCUAAAAGAAGCAGUUGCAAAACCUGUUACAAAAAUUGCCACAGUAUUUCAGAGGAGGCUGCUACAUCAUAGAACUGAAGGGGAAAAUUCCAAAGACUUUAACAGAACAGCUAAAGGAUUUGGCAUAAUUUAAAUAAAUAAAUAUUAUAAAUCUGAUCUAGAAAUAAUUUUAAACACACUGAAAAUUAGCCAGUUUGUAAGGUUAAGAUGCACCACGCUAGAGUGAAGCUUUACUACAAAGACAUGAUGGACUAAGACAGAUACAGUGAAAGGGCAGAGUUAUGUGAGGUCUCUAUGGGUGCUCUAAGAGUAACUGAUAUGUUCCUGCAAUUUAGGGAAGAUGACUGACAGCCACAGCUGAACAGACUGUGGCAGACUGUGUAGUGGAGAAAGAGAAAAGGAUAGAGAGAAUGAAGCAGAGAUACAGUACAUGCUGAGUUAGUGAGGAAGCAAAGGUAUUACAUUUGACAAAAAAUGCCAUUUGUUUCUUCAGUGCUUGCUUUUAAAGGCAAAGGUCUAUACACUAUUGAAAAAUAAUGUCUAGGAUGCUUUUCUACUUUAAUAAACCAUAAAUGUAUUUUA